UUCGGCCGCGGGAGCGGCGCUGCUCAGGUUCUGGGACCUUCGCCAUGCCGGGGAUGAUGCUGUUCGGCCGGCGCUGGGCCAUCGCCAGCGACGACUUGGUCUUCCCGGGAUUCUGCGAGUUGCUCCUACGGGUGCUGUGGUGGGUUGGCAUUCUGGCCCUCUACGUGGUCCACCGAGGGCAGCUGGACUGUGUGGGCGGCGGCCUCCUCACCAGCUACCUCGUCGUGCUUCUGGUGCUCCUGGCCGUGGUCAUUGGUAAUCUGCUGGCUAUCGUGAGCGUCAGCAUGAGAGGGACCAUCUGUAACCCACGCCCCCGCAUGGCCAUGCCCAAGCUGCUCUACUUCCGCCUGGCACUCUUUGUGCCCGAGAUGGUCUGGGCAGCUCUGGGGGCAGCCUGGGUGGCCAACAACGUGCAUUGUGACCGGACGGUGGUCGGCGGCAUCCUCGCCACAGUAGUGGUCAGCUGGAUCAUCAUCGCCAUCACCAUCAUGAUCAUUGUCAUCGCCUUUGACCCGCUGGGAGGCAAAUCAGUUGCCCACUCUUCAGUCAGCCCCAGCAAUCUGGACAGCCAUGAAGCCAACCAGGUGCUCAUGGGGCUCAAGACAGCCGCGGCCAGUGUGUGGGAGAGGAGGAUGAAGUUACUGUGCUGCUGUGUAGGCCAUGAUGACCAUGUGCGGGGAGCCUUCACCAGCACGGGAGAGCUGCUGUCCACCUUCUUCUCUGACACGGACUUAGUGCCCAGUGACAUUGCGGCUGGCCUCGCCCUCCUCCAUCAGCAGCAGGAUAGUCUCCGGGACCGCCAGGGGCCUGUGGAGGUGAUCAGCCACUCCCUGGAGGCUCCCCAGGAGGCCGAGCUGGAUGCCAAGCUGGAUGCCGAGCUGGACAACUGUCGCCACUACAUGCAGUUUGCGGCUGCUGCCUACGGCUGGCCCCUCUAUGUCUACCGGAACCCACUCACAGGGCUCUGCAGGGUCGGGGGUGACUGUUGCAGGGCCCAGGUCCCCGAGGAUGACCUGGUGGGCGGUGAGCAUCUACACUGCCACCUAGGCUCCAUCCUGCAGAGCACCGGACUGCACUACCGCGACUUCAUCCACAUUAGUUUCCACGACAAGGUGUAUGAGAUUCCAUUCUUGGUGGCGCUGGACCACAGGAAGGAAGCAGUGGUGGUGGCCGUGAGGGGGACCAUGUCAAUGCAGGACAUCCUGACAGACCUGUCAGCGGAGAGUGAGGCCCUGGAGCUCGAUUGUGGGGUACAAGACUGCUCAGCACACAAGGGCAUCUCCCAGGCCGCCAAGUACCUGCACCGCCGGCUGGUCAACGACGGGAUUCUGAGCCAAGCCUUCAGCAUUGCCCCAGAGUACAAGCUGGUUAUUGUGGGCCACAGCCUGGGUGCGGGUGCAGCAGCGCUCCUGACACUGUUUCUCCGGGGCACGUACCCACAAGUGAGGUGCUACGCCUUCUCCCCACCACGGGGGUUAUUCAGCAAAGCCCUGCACGAGCAUUCGCAGAGCUUCAUGGUGUCUCUCAUCCUGGGCAAGGAUGUCAUCCCCAGGCUCAGCAUCACCAACUUGGAGGACCUGAAGCAGAGGAUCCUUCGGGUCAUCGCCAACUGCAACAAGCCCAAGUACCAGAUCCUGCUGCAUGGCUGUUGGUACGAGCUGUUCGGAGGGACCCCAACCGACUUCCCCACCGAGCUGGAGGGCGGCCAGCAGUGUGACCUGACGAGGCCUCUCCUGGGAGAACAGAGCCUGCUAGUACAUGGCUCCCCCAGCUACAGUGGCUCUGGCGACUCCCUACUGGAGUCCCCCUCCAAGUACCCGCCCCUGUACCCCCCGGGCAGGAUUAUCCACCUGGAGGAGGAGGGUACACCCGCACGGUUGUGCUGCUCUGCUGCCCACUACAGUGCCCGGUGGGCCCAUGAGGCUGAGUUUAGCAAGAUCCUCAUCGGGCCCAAGAUGCUGACAGACCACAUGCCCGAUGUGCUGCUGCGAGCCCUGGACAGGGUCGUUUCCGACAGGGGGUCCUGUGUGUCCUGCCCUGCCCCUGAACACUCAGUCUGAAGUCAGCAGGCAA